GUGUGUAAAGAAAAAAAAAAAAAAAAAAACAAGAUACAUUAGACGGGGUGCCGCACCAAUUGAGCCCAGGCAUGGACAACAGUUGAUUUUUACGGCUCGUCAUGUUCGGUUGUCGUUGAAUAUUGUAGCUCCCUCUAUCGUCGAACUGAAGAAAAAAAAAUUUUUUUUUGAAUUUUAUAAAAAAAAAAAAAAUUCUAUCCGUGAGAUACGUUUUCGUGGUAAGAAAAAAAGUGUAAGGAAAAAAGAAGAGAUCCCGGGAUAUAGAUUAUGGUCCUUGGACUUCUAUUCGGUUUGUCCGAAUUAACAAACGCCUAAAGAACAUUUUCUUUCUCUUCUUUGAAGACUGAAGUUCCUUUGAAGCUGUUGUUAUUUAAAAUGGAUUAAUUUUGUUUGACAUCAUUUUUGAAGAAGAUUAUCAACGCAAGGACUGCAAAUAAACUGCUACCCACAUUGUUUCAACAUUACAUCUUUCAUCAAAACUUCUGAUGGGCUGAAUAUCCACCCUAAGGUACCGCCCAUCACAACACAAACCUGCUCUCAAAUGAUAUUUCCAAUGAAAGACUGAUUACAAAAAAAAAAAAAAAAAAAAAAACACCCUUUACCAACAAUCCAUUAAAAAAACAAAGAAAAACAAAAUAAUCAAUUAUUUGCAUAUUAACAUGUCCUGUGGACUGCAGGCAAUGUGCAACAACAACAACAAUAGCUUACACCUCGCCAUGAUGGAUCAAGAUCCAAAAGAUCUUGAAGCCGCCCAGCUAAUCAUAGAAGAACUUCGAGCAAAAUGUCGAUUUCAAACCGAACACAUAAUGAAAUGGAAGAAGGCUUAUGCUAUUCAGAUCCAACAACAUUAUCGAUACCAGAAGGAAAAAACCGAACAAAUGAACGGCCUAACCAGUCAGUUACUCCUCCUCGAAUCGCGGCUGAAACGAAAGCAAAAACAAAUUGCCGGCAUCAUCUGUCAUCGAGAAUUGACAAUCUUACGUCAACAAAAAAUUAUUGACACCCUGUCAAGUCGUUUGGUCGAUCAUGGUCUCGACACUCUAGAUCCUAGCUACACUGACUUUGACUCCCUGAAUGACUCCGAUUCAGCGGUAGUCCUGGAGGAUAUCGAUUCCGAUUGUAAUUCAUCGUUUUCGAUGCGAAGAAAAGGUAGUUGCGGUGACGUCACGGUAGUUCGUUCCAUAUCCGAUGCUAUCGAAACGAAUAUGAAUAAAUACGGUGGCGCCAGACGUAGCAAUUGUUUCCUUCGGCGUCCUGACAUUCUCGAAACUGUUUAUAGUGUCGAAGAAGAUCCUGAACCCCAACAAACCGAUGUUGCCGAAAAGCGUGAUAAGUUUAAAAAUCGUUCGGAAAAGGCUGUUUUAGUGAGUUCGCUCGAGGGGCAAUUAGAUGAGGCUAGCAAACAGGGCCAUCACACCAAAGAUACAUCAUCGUCAUCUGGCAUUUUGCCAACGACAGCUUCAAGUGCUGCCAAAGCAUGCCGAAGUGAUUCAAGUGAUAACAAUUCAAUCAAUGCAGCAGCAACGUCAUCAUCGUCAUCUGGUGCCACAAAUUCAGCUGGUUAUAAUGUCAAUGGAGUCAAACAGUCCCAAGUGACGAAUUUCAAUCGAGUUAUGUCAAAUCAUCGAUCUGUCACCAAACCUAAAGAUGUCAAAUAUAAAAGAAUCAAUAAGGCGAAAUCGAAGAGUCUCGAAGAGUUACGGGGACGUUUAAAACAUUGGGUAGAACGGGGAAGUGUCAUGGAUCCAACUGGAAUUGGUGGUUUGACAGAUAAUAUGCCGCAAACAGCACAGAGUUAUGCGUGACACUUGGGGAAGCUUAUCGAACGCAUCCGGCCGUCAUCGCCAUCAACUGCGGCAGCUGUUGUUGCGCUGAAUCCUGCCGCCGCUAAAGGCAAUAACGGUCGGGGGCGAUUUAGUUUUUAGUUAUGGGUUUUUAUUAUAAUAUUUUAUUAAUGUGAUCUUGAGAUUUUUUUUUUUUAAUUUAAAAUAAAAAAAAAAAAAAUAAAUAAAGUUUCCUUAGUAGGAUAGUUUUAAUUUUAAUUUUAAAAAUAAUUUGUGAUAAAAUUAUUUAGUUUUUUUUUUUUUUAGUUUUUUGGAAAUUUGUAAAUAUUUUCUUAUAUUUAUCUAAUUUCUUGUUUGGUUUUAUAAAAAAAAUCCUCUUCAAAACAUAUCGUCGUCAAAAUCAAUUACAUAAAAAAUUUAACUUAAAACUUAGUUAGUCUACAGUGAAAAAAACAAAAACUUUUAUAAAAAUAAAACGAAAUUUUGGAAUGUAUUAAAAAAUCAUAAUAACAACAAUAAAAAGCAUGUAAAUAAGCCUUGAAAUAAUU